UAUUUAAUUUCAUAACAAAGUAAUUAAGGCAUACUAUAUUUGAAUUUAAAUGAGUAUAAAGCAAGUACUGAACUUCACUCUUUCUGUGGCAACCACUGCUGAGUGCACAACACUAUUUUACUCCGGAGCAACUGCGCGCAACCAAAAAGGCAAAAAACCAAGACUUUCGGCGUUUGGCGACUUUGGCCUUUGGCGUCGAUCUGCAUUCCAUCAAAUCAAACGGUCGGUCUGGCCUGGACUGCCGAAUUCCACAGUAAAAAGAGAAGUAAUCUGUGGACGAUCAGCCAACAAACAAGCAUCACUCACGAACUUAACACGCAGGUUUUGAAUUUUGCCCUCAUCAAACACGCACAUGAUGUCUCGGUCAAAACGUGCUGCUUCUGUCAUGGACAGCGACGUUAUUGAAGAGGAACUGGAGAAUGGCUUCACGAGGAAGCUUGUGAGGAGGAAGAAUGGGCAAAAAAAAGGUGACUUUGAUGUGUAUGUGUUUCCACCCGAUGGAAAGAAACUAAGGUCUAGAGUCGAGCUGCGGGCCUACCUCGAUAAAUUUGAAGGGCCAUCAGUUGACCCUGAUGCUGCUUUCUUAAAGUCACCCAUUAGCAGAGUCGCUCUAUCUGAGCUUGAUCAAGAGGAACCUAAUAACAAGAAGUCCCGUGCUGUCUCUAAAGCUGCCAAAGAAAAGCCAGAGAAGUCUGUUACGGGCUCAGAGAUCAAAGAUGAUGUAAAGCUGAAUGAAGGCAUGCAACCAGUUGUUGUCAUAGAGCCUAUACCUGAUGGAAAGGAAAAAUCAAAUGAUAAUGAAAUGCCAGAUGUUUCUGAGGUAGCUGAGGAGGAGCUAUUGAAGCCUAAAUCUAAAGUCAAGCCAGUAAAGUCUAAAUCUAAAGAUGAGCCAGUGAAGCCAAAAUCUAAAGAUGAGCCAGUGAAGCCAAAAUCUAAAGAUAAGCCAGUGAAGCCAAAAUCUAAAGAUGAGCCAGUGAAGCCAAAAUCUAAAGAUGAGCCAGUAAAGCCAAAAUCUAAAGAUGAGCUAAAUGCCAAGGAUGGAGAGGAAAAGCCCAAAUCAAGCGAGGAAGCCAAGGAAGACAUAGAACCUAAAUCUGGGGAAAAAGCUAAGGUUGACUCAAAGCCAAAGUCUGAUGAAAAUGCUAAAGAUGGCUCAAAGAAAACAUUAGGGCUUCGGGGUUACACAAUUCCUAAGCUUACCUCUGGCCAAAAAUCAAAGGAAUAUGAGAAGAGCGAGGAACUCUCAAAGGCCAAGGAUGACUCUGAAGUAAAAAAUGAUGGCAAGGCCAAGGAACACACCAAGCAUAGAGAUGACAAGGCCAAAGAACACUCAAAGCAUGAGGUUGGGAAGGCUAAAGGAGACUCAAAGAAAACUUCUGAUGAGCACAAAUUGGAUGUCGUGAAAAAUAUGCAUGAAAAAAAAGUUAACGGAGACCCAAAGCAGAAGUCUCCUGGAAAGUCAAUUCAAAAAGAUGUGAAAGCCAAGAGGGGCUCAAAGGAAAAAGCCCAUGAUGGCCAAAAUGAAGAAACUGGACAAAAUUCAAUAGAUGAGACCGAGAAGGAAUUGCAGGGAAAAGUUGAGGAGGGCCCAAUCCCUAAAGAAGAUCCGAAGAACAAGGAUGGGAUCAAUACAAAAGUUGAUUGCCAAAUGAAGGAUGAUGUGAAGGGAGCUCCAAUACCAGUUGAGGAAAUGGCCUCGGCCAACUUGACAUUCAAUGGAAACGAGGAUGCACAGGAUGUUCAGAUAAAACGUAAAUCUAAUGAGGAAACCGUAGCUGCCAAGAAGCAAAAACUUGAGGCCGACAAGGAUCUUCGUGAUGAUAGUGCUGACUCAGAUCUCAACGGUGCCAACCAAAGUGAUGAGACUUUGCCUCUUUUGAAGACUUUGCUAGUCAACCAAGCACCCAUUUCUCCUUUUGGUUUGGUGUACGAAGGUCUCGGAAAUGAGCCUUGCUGGAAGAUCUUGAUGGCCUCGUACAUCAUGGAGAGGUCAAAUGCUAUUCAAGGAAGAGUCAUUGUCUUUGAUUUCCUAAAAACAUUCCCCACACUUCACAGCAUCAACAAGAAGAGCCUGAAAAAUUUCUUCAAGGAUUUACAUAACAUCCCAUGCAUAGAUGAUGCUAUAAACGAAAUUCUGACAAUUGCUGCCCUCAUCGAAGGAGGUGCCAAAUCUCUGGAAAAUAUAUCCCACUGCUCACUCUACAUGAAACAUGUUUUCCAUAUUUUCUGUGAAGAAGAUGACGGCUGGAAAAAUGUGUCUCCAGUCACCCUUGAUCUGAUUCGCUACAAGGCUUGGCGUGAGGAAAAUUCUGCCAAGUCAAAGUAAAUCUGAGCAUAUUUCCUAAAUUUUUACAUGGCAGUCAUAAGAUUAGUGGAAAGGAAAAGCUGCUCUCACAAAUUUUAUAAAAGACAUUGACAUCAAGUAAGGAAUCAAAUUUAUUUGUGGAAUCUCACAAUCAGGACAACUUGUAAAAUGAUUACUUAUUAUACUUUUUGCAUAUUUUUGAUCAACAGAUUUACUAUCAAAUAAUAAUUUAAGACCUUAUCAAUGCUACAGAAUGAAUAAAAAAAUUGUACUUAAUUGAAUUGAUGAUGAUUAUUUUUCAAUAAAUGAAACAUAUUUUUGAUAAA